AUAGUCGGAACUUAAUAACUGUAUGAAGUUAUAUAUGAAUAUAAUUCCAUUUAGGAAAAUUUUAAAACGUGGAAACUUUGAUAUAAAAUGUAAAAACAUAAUAAUAAACAUGCUGUCAGAUAAUUGAAUUAACAUCGGGUAUAUAAAACACAAUUCUUAUUUGAGUGGACAAAGUAAGAGGAGGAGGAGUAGAACGAGUACUAUAAAUAUACUGAUGAUGGUUUUUCCUUGACAUAAGUUAUAUGGUGGUCUAAGUAUUUUACCAAAAAAUAUAAACAAAAAUCGAUCAUAAUUAAAAAAGAAAAUGGCGGAAAAUGUCAGAGUUAUUGUAAGAUGUCGCCCAAUGAAUCAAAAAGAGAAGACAUUAAAUUGUAAGAAUAUUGUUGAAAUAGAUAAUGGAACUGUUAAUUUAAAUAAUCCAAAUGAUAAAUUGGCACCAUCAAAAACAUUUAAAUUUGAUAAUACAUACGAUGAAAAUAAUACAACUGAAUUAAUUUAUAAUGAUAUGUGUUAUAAUCUUGUUGAAAAUGUAUUAGAAGGAUAUAAUGGAACAAUAUUUGCAUAUGGACAAACUGGCUGUGGUAAAUCACAUACAAUGCAAGGGGAAAUUAAUUUAGUUAAUAAUAACGAUAAUAAUAAUAAUAAUAAUAAUAAUAAUAAUAAUAAUAAUAAUAAUAAUAAUAAUAACCAACAUGGUAUAAUACCACGUUCAUUUGAUCAUAUAUUUGAAGCAAUUAGUGUUGCUAGUGCCAAACGUUAUUUAGUUUUAGUAAGUUAUUUAGAAAUUUAUAAUGAAACAAUACGUGAUUUAUUAAAAAUAAAUAAUAAUUUUGAUAAUAAUAAUCAUAAUAGUUUACAAUUAAAAGAAAUACCUGGUGAAGGUAUUAUUGUUACAAAUUUAUCAACGCAUACAGUACAUAAUUCUAAAGAAUGUGAUGAAUUACUAAAAAUUGGUACAAAAAAUCGUGUUAUUGGUUCAACAUUAAUGAAUUCAAAUAGUUCAAGAUCACAUUCAAUAUUUACAAUUAGUUUAGAACAAAUCGAUAGUGAAUUAGUUGAACAAAUUAAUAAUGAUAAUAAUAAUAAUAAUAAUAAUAACAUAAAUAAUGAGAAUAAUAAUGAUAAUAUUAAUAAUUAUGAUGAUAAUCAAGAAAGUCAUCAAAUAUUAUCGACAACAACAAUUAGAAAAGGUAAAUUAAAUUUAGUUGAUUUAGCUGGUUCAGAACGUCAAAAUAAAACUGGUGCUAGUGGUGAUCGUUUAAAAGAAGCAACAAAAAUUAAUUUAUCUUUAUCAGCAUUAGGCAAUGUUAUAUCAGCUUUAGUUGAUGGUAAAACAAAACAUAUACCAUAUCGGGAUUCAAAAUUAACAAGAUUAUUACAAGACUCAUUAGGUGGCAACACAAAAACAUUAAUGAUUGCAUGCAUUUCACCGGCGGAUUACAAUUAUGAUGAAACAUUAUCAACAUUACGUUAUGCAAAUCGAGCUAAAAAUAUCCAUAAUCAACCAAAAAUUAAUGAAGAUCCUAAAGAUGCAAAAUUACGAGAAUAUCAAGAAGAAAUUAAUAAAUUGCGGAAUAUAUUAGAAACAAAUCAAUUAACAUCAUCAUUAUUACUUAAUAAUAUAAAUAAUAAUAAUGACAAUAUUGAUAAUAAUAAUCAUAAAGAAUUAAUUGAAAUUGAAAAAAAUAAAUUGAAAUUAAAAUAUGAAGAAGAAGCUGAACGUUUACGUAAAGAAUCGGAAUUACAACAAAAAGAAAAAGAAGAUAUAUUACAUGAUAUGGAAUUAUUAAAAUUACAUUACAAAAAUCAAUUAAAAGAUUUACAAAGUAAUUUACAUAUUAAUAAUAAUAAUAAUACGAGUAAUAAUAAUAAUAAUAAUAAUAAUAAUAAUAAUAAUGAAAAUAAUGAUAAUAAUGAAUUAACAAUAUUAAACUCAAAUAAUAAUAAUAAUAAAAUUACACAAGAAGAAGUAAUUAAUCGUAUUAAAAUAAUUAAAAAUGCUUUAAUUGGAGGUGAAAGAUCCAAUGAUAUUGAAUUAAAAGAAAAACGUAAUAAAAAGAAAAAAGCAGUUGAACGUCGUUUAAGUGCAUUAGCACAUGCACUAAGUCGCGUAGAACAAAUAUCUGAUCGAGAUUUAUUACAGGAACAUUAUACUGAUAUACAACAAGAAUUAAAAAUUAAAAGUGAUACGUUAAAAUUAUAUCGUCAACAAAUUAAAAGUUUAGAACGUGAAGUAACUGAUCUACAAGCGGAAUUUCAAUUAGAUCGUGCUGAUUAUUUAGAAACAAUCCGUAGAUUAGAAAGAAAUUUAAAAUUUUAUCAGCAAUUAUUUGAAAAAGCAUUACCAAUCUUAAGAAAGGAUGGUAAAUAUUGGGACCCAACACAAAUACAAAAUGAAUCAAUAUGGAAUGAUGAUUUACAAAUGUGGAAAUUACCAGAAUAUAAUAUGGCACAUUUUAAAUUACCACCGGCUACCUUAUCAAUUAAUCAAUAUGAACAACCAAUGAUUUUAACAAUACAAAAUGAUGAUAAUGAGGAUAGCGAUGACAAUGACAUUUGUAAAUCAUAUUUUCGUUCAAAACGUUCAUCAGCCGCUAUAAUUAGAGAUAGUCAAAGAAAAGGAUCAAAGAAUUGGAAAGAUAUUACAAAAAAAAAUAUGAAAAAUUUACAAACAAAUCAAAAUGGUUUAACAACAAAUUGGUUAAAUUAUAGUAAUAUUAAUAAAAAUGACAAUAAUAAUAGUGUAUUAGCAUCAUGGUUACCACCAAAUCGAAUGUCAGUUAGUAAAACAUGGUAUGAUUUGUCAAGAUUAUCAGCAAAAUCAUCAUCAGCAUCAAUAUCGUUAGCAGCUGGUGAUAAAACAAUUGGUACAAAUACAAAUAACGGAUUAUUAAAUAUAAAUAAUGGAAUUAAUUAUAACACAAAUGAUAAUAAUACAAAUGAUUAUCAACAUCAACAAUUUUUACAACAUAAUCAAUCAAAUGAGAUAAAAUUUAACCAAAGACAAUAUAUAUCGGAUUCCGAGGAUAUUAUUGAUAUAAUUAACCGAAAAAAUCAUCAUAUAAGAUCACCAAAAUUUACAUGAUUUUUUUUUGAUAAUAAUUACUGCAUAAUUACAAUAUUAUAAACAUGUUGUGUGCGAGAGAUGUAGUUCUUUACAAAUGUAUUUAUAAUAAUUUCAGCAAUCCUUAAACACAAUAUUAUGCAUAAUCGCACAUGUGAGAAUCACGACAUCAUAAUAUGAGGUUAAUAAUAUAAAAUAAAUAUCAAAAUAAUUCAGGAUAUAUA